UUCUUAAAGUUUCACAAUAGCAGAAGUAAUAUCUGAUGCUUUAGAAAAAGAAACAAGAACAGAUCGAAAGAAGAACUUACAUUUUUACCAAAAAAUUCUCCACCCCCGCUUCUGACAAAGGGAAGUAAGUACAGAUAGCUGCGUUGAUGACGUAUGUGGUUUCAGUUGAAACUAACUGAAACCACAGAAAUUCCUUUUCAGUCAGCAAUCACUUUUCUGUUCACUCAUUUACUUUUCAGAGAAGGCAGGCAGACGUUUUUCUCGUCAUUAAUGGGGUUGAAUCAUUCAGUGGUGACCAAUUGAGAGACAAGAAACUGAUUCAUCAUUAAGCACUUGUCCUUCAAUUCAGAGUGAAAUGUAACUCAAACGUAGAGCAUUGAGAAGCCGGUGUUUCUGAGACUACAAGAAGGUCCACUAUACAAGAAUGAGAAAAAGGACCAGGAAGAAGUCAUAAUGGAGGUUCUAUGGUGUCUCUAUGUCAUCCUGCUCCUCCCCCUACUAACCUGCUCCAGCCAACCACAGUCCUUUCUGCAGUGUGUCAAUGACUUCAUCAGUAACAUCACAUGUGUGUUGAACAACACAUGCGUGCCCCCAGACAUGCCAUGCACACUGCAUGGUGAAUACGCCAGGAUUAAAAGUCAAUGUGAGAUGAAGUCCUUGGGCGGUUCCAACACUUUGAGAGGCGGCAGUCUGGUCUUUGAGGGCAAUCCUUUCUUUUGGAAAGAUGAUAAAAUACCCAUUGAUGUACGGUGUGGACAAGCAGAAGAUUAUGUGAUACAUAUUAACUACCUCUAUCAACCAUUUAACCACAUUAAAAUGCAUCCCCCUGGCAAGCCGACCGUCACCAACGCCUCAGUCGCCUGGACACCAGGAGCUCCCAUUUCAAAAAUGAUAUUCAACUAUGACUUCCAACUACAGUGGAAACAGGAACUACAUCACUGGGAGGAUGCUGUGGAGGUGAACAUAUCAAACAAACAGACGUAUUUUGACCUGGACCCUGACAUGCUGGAGAGAGGAAGGAGGUACCAGGUCAGAGUCAGGGUUCGAGUCGUCCCAAACAAUUACUCAGACUGUCAGUGGAGCGACUGGAGCCCCAGUGCAUCAUGGGUCUCCACUCUGGGCCAGAUGACAGGUAGUCCUGAUGUUCUAGACCAGGACUUUGUGGUGGUCACCGUGGUGGGAGCUGUUGUUGUACUGGUCCUGCUGGUCUCCAUGUUGCUCUGCAAAGGAAAUGCUGACAGGGUCAAGAAGAUUCUGAAUCCUCCUAUACCAGAUCCCUCCACGUACUUUGAGGGCCUCAAACUCCAUCAUGAUGGAAACUUCAAGGCUUGGCUGGGUCCUUUGUUUGCCUUUGAAUCCGUCGACUCUGCCUUGCACCGUGAAGAAAUCUCCCAGGUAGAGAUUACCAACAGCAUUGGCACCAUUGCCCCCCUGAGGAGGGAGACCGCUACUGCACUACUACUGAAGAAAAGAUUGGACAACAGUGGCCGCUCCGGCUUCAGCAACUUCUUAUCCCAAUGCUCCCAGCCUGGAUCCACCUCCACCAAGCUGGAACCCUGCUCUGUACACUCCCCUUACGGACCAGUAGGUGGCACUACUGAAGAGAUAGAAGAGUGGAACGAGGAGAACAGAGGAGAAAGGAUGGUUAGUAAUAGAGGUGUAGGGGGGAAGGACGGAGAUAUCAGGGGUGGAGGGAAGGAUAGAGAGAUGGGGGGUGGAGGGAAGGAUAGAGAGAUGUUGGGUGGCAGUAUAUUUGGAGGCAUCAGUGGAGGUGAAGAUAUCGUCCAGGUUUCUUCUUAUGAGCGUGUUGAGAAUAUCCAGGCCCAGCGUCGGGCCCUCAUAAGCCCAGAUUUAGGCAUCGGCAGUGGGGGAGAGGAUCAGGAAAGUCAGGAGAGUGUGGAGGAGGCGGACGGGCCUACUUCGACCAUCCCCCAUUUUGUCUCUCAGGACUUCCACCUUGUUCCGCGUCUUCCUCUUAUCAAUAACAAUAACUUUCCAUUCUGCUCCACCCCCUUACCCAUUUCCCUGUCUGCUUUCCCCCAGCUUCCCUUCACCCUACCUGGGUUGGAUAGUGUAGGGGGAAAGGGUACAGAGAUGGAGGUUGGAGGAGGUUCUCUCACAAUGUCUUCCUCCUAUGAACGUGUGGAUAAUCUCCAGCUCCAGACCCAACGCCGUGCCACUCAGAGCCCAGAUUCAGGCAUUGGCAGUGGGGGAGAGGAUCAGGAAAGUCAGGAGAGCGUGGAGGAUGCGGUCGGGCCUACUGUGACCGCCUGUAACCAUAUCCCACUUAUUACCACUAACAAUAUAUUUCCAUUUUGUUCCACUCCCUUACCAAUCCCGUUGGACGUUUUACCCCAACUACCCUUCACCUUCUCUGGGUUGGGGUUGUAUCCAUCCCUGGGACCCAGUACUAGUACCAGUCAUCAUGACAGGCUCCUGGAGGAGAUGUCUCUCUUGUCUUCUUCAAUGGCAAUAGAGCCCUCUAGUGGCGGCUACAUGCCAGUGAAAGAAGCUCAGAACUGAACUAUGAAAACAUUUUACUAGGGAGGGACUAAUGAUUUAUAUAUACACUAGAUGACUGACUGGCUGUUUUGAAGCCACCGCUCCUCCAUCUGGGCACUCCCCCUCCAUUGUAAAAAAUACUUUGGAUGCUAUAGAAAUGCAUUUACUAAUGUCUACAUUUGUUUUUACCACAUUUAUUCUAUUAGAGACACACUUUUUUAAGAACUAACGUAACUGUCCCCACUACAACAAAAAAUACUUACAAAUAUGUAAUUUUGUCAUUGAAACAUUUCAAUGAAAUACUGUAGAAUUCCAUCCAUUCCAAUAAAGCUCCACUGUGGAGGUGUCAUAAUACCCAUAAAAUCUAGCUUUCAAACAGGGAAAUGGUUCCAAUUGUUUUUCCACCAUUCAUUUUUCCCUUUAGAAACACUUAAAAUAAGGGCUGUGGCCUCCUGAGUGGCACAGUGGUCUAAAACUCUGCAUCGCAAGCUGUGUCAGAGCCCGGCCGUGAGCGGGAGCCCCAUAGGGCGGCACACAAUUGGCCCAGAGCGGCAUGGGUUGGGGUAGGGUUUGGCCGAGGGGGCUUUCCUGUCAGUACUACAUCUAUUUCUGAUAUCAAUAUGAUACUACGAUUGUGUUCACAGUAAAUACUGAUCUGAUACUGAUAGAUCUCUCAGUAGAAAUGAAGAAUGUAUUAUUAUGUUAUGUCUAACAUGACCAUCUUGAAUGUAAUGUCUCUUUUGAAAAAUUAUAUUAUUAUUUUUUUAUAUUUAAAUAAUACUGUUGUAUGUUAAACAUCACAGCAUAGUUGAAAGAUAUAUGGUGCAUAGAUAUAUGGUGGCCAGCAGAGAUAGGUGGGAUGGGCUGAGGGAAGCUGAGGGCUGGGAUGUGGAAUUGGAGACAAGUGGGAUUGGAGUUGCUUGGUAGGGGAUAGAAUGACGGUCAAAGAUAAAAGUAAAACAAGUCAAAAUAAAACAAAACAAAAAGUAAGUUUGAAUGACACUGAGGUGCAGUGUUUUUACAGCUAAUGCCUGUUUGCCUGAGGCUGAUGCCGUGCAGGUGUUUGUACACAUGCAUAUACACACACUCUCAUUCAAAUGCACACGUGCACAUAAAUAGUGCCAUACAUUCACUCAAACAUAUUCAGUUGGCCUUGCUGUUAUGAUUUUAGUUGUCCUUGAUGUCUUUUGUUUUUUGCAUUGUUGUUUUCUCUUUUCCUUUGUCUUUGUCUUUUUUUUGUCUUUUGUUCAUUUUGUUGGUUGUUGGUGCAUUGGGGGCUUUGGGGUAGGGAAUGAUAAAAAAUGUCUUGGGUGGUUGAGGGGCAGCUCUUGGGGAACUGUGGGGGGUGGGGGGGUCUUGGAGGGCUGGUGGCCUGGCGGUUGGGAGCUUGGGCCGGGGGCUGAUGGUUCGCUGGUUUGGGGCCACGUUUUUGACCUUGUGGGAGAUCUGUCGACGUGCCCUUCAGCAGGGCGUUGACCCUGGUUGCUUCUGUGUGUCUCUCUGGAUGGGAGUCUGUUAGAUGACUGUGAUGUAGUUGAUGUUGAGCGGCUUCGCUUCAAGUAUAUUGUAUGUUUUAAAUAUUCUAUCAAAAAAUUCAAUAAAGAAAUGAAUAAAAAUGUUGCAGAUGAAAUUAUGUUUGGGUUUUCCUUUUUAAAUGGAUUUUUAUAAGGCAGCUUCAUUUUUAUUACAAUCUUAUUGAUAGUCAUUGGUGAAGGGAUGUAUUGUUUAACAUAGCUGAAAGUUGGUGUUUUUUUAUAUUUCAGCCAAUUAAUAAAGAAUUAACUCUC